AAGGAGAAGAAGAUGAAGUAACCUCAUAUUAGCACACAAGAAUCAAAAAAGAAGAAGAAAAAAAAAAAUCGAAGAAUUUAUCUCCUCGUUGAUGAGGAUGAUAUCUCUUGACUUCCCCACUCCGUCCCUAUCCCUUCUCACAUCUGAUUCCAAUUCCAGAUUUUUGAAAAACUCUUAUAAUCCAAUUAUUCGUGUCAACUUCACCAAGAAAUCUCAAUCCCUUUCUCUCCCUCGUCUCAAUUUCAGAGAAACACAUUCAAACCGUCGGAAACUGAGCUGCCGUGGAAUCAAAGAUUCUAGCGAGACAACUAAGUCUGCCCCGCGGGUAGACUCCGGCGGAGGAGGCGACGGUGGAGAUAACGGUGACGACGACAGCGAAGUGGAAGGGAAAAACAGACUGUUGCCGGAAUGGUUGGAUUUCACUUCCGACGAUGCCAAGACAGUGUUCUUGGCUAUUACUGUAUCGUUGGCGUUUCGAUAUUUUAUUGCAGAACCAAGAUACAUCCCUUCCUUGUCCAUGUAUCCUACCUUUGAUGUCGGAGACAGAUUAGUUGCAGAGAAGGUGAGUUAUUAUUUCAGGAAGCCUUGUGCAAACGAUAUUGUAAUCUUCAAAAGUCCGCCAGUUCUUCAGGAAGUUGGCUACACUGAUGCUGAUGUUUUCAUUAAACGGAUUGUUGCCAAAGAAGGCGACCUUGUCGAGGUUCAUAAUGGGAAACUAAUGGUUAACGGUGUUCCUCGGAGUGAAAGUUUCAUCUUAGAGCCUCCUGGCUAUGAAAUGACACCCGUUCGGGUACCAGAGAACUCAGUCUUUGUGAUGGGUGACAACCGGAAUAACAGUUAUGAUUCGCACGUCUGGGGACCUCUGCCUUUGAAGAAUAUUAUAGGACGGUCAGUUUUUCGGUAUUGGCCACCAAACAGAGUAAGCGGGACAGUGCUAGAAGGUGGCUGUGCUGUAGACAUACAGCAAUAGAGAGCAUAUUGGAACCCUUUUAUUUAUUUAUUUAAGCAUCUCUUCUUUUGAAACACUUGUGGUGCACAUAGAAACGAUAUCCAUGUACCUUUUUUAUGAAGGAUAAAGAUUGAACACUUGGAAUUA